AAGGAUGGAAAUUACGCUCUUAUUGUGUUUCUGUCGUCACAGACACCUCCUAUUGCGUACUCAGAACUGACUGUGGAGCGGGUGCUACCCAUCAACUCUGACUUCAAAUGUGACAUUGACAGAUAGCAUCAUGUGGAGAAAUGGAGGAGUGUGUCAUCACAGCAGACGUGGUAUCUUGUGCUUCAAGUCACCCAAGCCAGUUCACAUUUAGGUCUCAACAUACGACAUAGUCAUUUAUUCUCUCAGAUGUUUUAUUUUUAAACUUAAACAGUGUUUUUUUUCAGAAUGUGUUGAGUGUUUCAAGUUUAAUAUUGUAAUUUGCUUUAGAAAGUUUAAAGUUUAAUAUUGUCAUUUGCUUAAAAAAAACAUUGAAAUACGAUAAAAUUCACUGAAUUCUGAUAUAGCAGACUUUUGUACAAUAUACAGAAAGCCGGCACCAAGAUGGCACUGAUGUUUAUAUUACCUCCAAAAAACUCAAGUUGCUAUUUGAAAUGACUCCUGACACCAAGACCAACAAUUUUGUCAGUGAAGUUCUUCGUGUCAUUGAGUUGCUUAGCAAGAAAAGGAGUGGUGUUCAGGACUUCUCUUGGCUCAACAAGUACAACCCGGCGACUCAAGGUGUUGAUGAGAAUGCAGAAGAUGCUCUGGCUGACCAUCUGCUGUUAGACAGUCCUGAGAUGGCGGUACCCUCUCGCCAGAGUAUUGCCAAGGGCCAUACUCCCAUCGCGGCCCGUGAGAGCGUUAUCCGCUAUCAGAUGGCCAUGAAGGAGGAUGACUACACUUACACCCAAACUCUUAGGGUAUUUAUUGGUACUUGGAACGUUAAUGGACAACCUCCAACUGUGUCGUUGGUGGAGUGGUUAGCCUCGGACCCUGAGCCUCCAGACAUCUAUGCGGUUGGUUUCCAGGAGCUGGACCUCAGCAAGGAAGCCUUUCUCUUCAUGGACACUCCUCGCGAAGAAGAAUGGAAACAAGCAGUGAUAGCAGCUCUGCACCCUAAAGCCCAGUACCACAAGGUGUCGCUGGUGAGGCUGGUGGGCAUGAUGUUGCUGGUGUUCGUACAGAAACAUCAUAUGGCUUACGUCCGCUCGGUCGCCUCCGAGACUGUUGGUACCGGCAUCAUGGGAAAAAUGGGUAACAAGGGAGGAGUAAGUGUGAGGAUGGAGCUCCAUAACACUUCCAUUUGCUUUGUGAAUUCUCAUUUAGCUGCUCAUGUUGAGGAGUUUGAGCGACGUAACCAGGACUUCCACGACAUCUGCGCUCGUACCAGUUUCACCAUGUUCCUGCCACCCAAGGGGAUCAAGGAUCACGACCAGGUGUAUUGGCUGGGAGAUCUCAACUAUCGGAUAACGGAACUGGAUCCUCGGGUGGUGAAGGAGUUUGUGGAGCAGCGCAACUACCGGCCGGUACUGGAGUAUGAUCAGUUGCGCCAACAGCACCGCCAGAAGACAGUGUUUGCUGGCUACACCGAGGGAGAGAUCACGUUCAGACCCACCUACAAGUACGACCCAGGAUCGGACGAGUGGGACUCGAGUGAAAAAAAUCGAGCACCAGCGUGGUGUGACCGUAUUCUGUGGCGUGGAGAAGGAAUGAAACAGCUGACAUAUCGCAGUCACCCACAACUGCGUAUCAGUGAUCACAAGCCUGUCAGUGCUAUCUUCAUGUCAGACGUGAGAGUAAUUGAUGCUGUCAAGUAUCGCAAGAUACAUGAGGACGUGAUGAAGAAACUGGAUAAGCUGGAGAACGAGUUCUUGCCUCAAGUCAUGGUAGACAACACAGAGGUCAUCUUUGAUACAUUGAGGUUCCUAGAGCCUCAGACCAAGGAACUCAUCAUAGCCAACACAGGCCAGGUCCCAGUUCAGUUUGAGUUCAUCAAGAAAUUAGAUGAUCCCAACUAUUGCAAAGAAUGGCUUAACAUUGAACCUUAUACAGGGUUCAUCAUGCCAGGAGAGAAAUGUGAUAUUAGGUUAGAAGUAUACGUGGACAAGAAGUCAGCAUGCAAGAUGAACUCUGGACAAGACAAGCUGUAUGAUAUCCUGGUCCUUCACUUGGAUGGUGGAAAGGAUAUCUUUAUAACUGUUACUGGUUCAUAUGAGAGAAGUUGUUUUGGAUCUUCUAUUGAAGCUCUUGUCCAUAUGAAUGUGCCAGUAAGGGAAAUACCAGCUGGAAAAAUUAUCGAAUUGGAGAACUGUAAGGGGGAUGCAGGUCCGCCGUACAUGGUUCCAAAGGAGGUCUGGUACCUCGUGGACCAUCUGUACCGCCAUGCGCUCAAGACCCAACACCUGUUUGAGAACCCUGGACUUCACAAUGAGUUGAUCCAGAUCCGGAACUGGCUCGACACCAGCCCCAAUGAGUCUUUACCGGGGAGUGUUCACUCUGUGGCAGAGGCCCUGCUGCUGCUGCUGGAGUCAACUUCAGAGCCUAUCAUCCCUUACAACCUCCACAAUGUUUGCUUGAGUGCUUCCUCCAACUAUCUCCAAUGCAAACAGAUUGUAAUGCAACUGCCAGACCACAGCAAGAAUGUCUUCCUCUACCUUUGUUUCUUUUUGCAAGAGUUGCUUUCACAUUCCAGUGAUAACCAACUGGACGGCAAAACUCUAGCCACUUUGUUUGGUGGCAUCUUCAUCAGAGAGCCACCACGCAGUCGCAACCCGAGCUCAGCCCGCACCAAGUCCAAUCAGCAGGAGGCCGACCGCAAGAAGGCCAACUUUGUGUACCAUUUCUUGGUGAACGACACGAGCGAGCUGGUGAUGGGUUGCUCGUAGACGCGUGUCUCUGCACAGCGCAGGCCAGUGUAGUUCUAGUCUUGCCAGAACCUUGGCGAACUGCUCUUUGUAUUUGUUCUCACAACAUAUUAAAAGUCAUAAUACACCAAAUAUUAGAAAUAUAUUUCUUCUAUAUUAUAGCGCUAAAUAGUAGGAAUCAAUUUUUGUGUGGUUAACAUCGUGUUUGCAAAGUUUAUUGUUGUAAAACAAUAAAUAAUUAAGUUGACUAUAUUUACAAGGCGUAAGUUAAAAAAGUUGGCUUUUUUAAGUUCAAUGCUAUACAAAAAGGGAAACUUAAAGUAUUAAAAAGUUUCCUAAUCCAUCUUGGAUUGGGCUAUGAAUAAUGAAAAGAAAGUCAUACAUGUUUAAGUAUUGUGUUCCAUUAAUACAUGAAUAUCGUUUAGUAUAAGAUAUAACAAUAUGAAUAACCAAAGUUGGUUCUAUAAAUUUAUGCAUUAACAUGAGAUUUAGAGAAGCAUUUUAAAUGGCAGUUGUUCUAACUAAAUAUUGUAAUAAAAAUGUAUGUAUAUCACGUUGUAAAAGCUGUUGUUCAUAUAUUUUUUAUGCUGCAACAAAUAUAAAAUAUUUAUAAAAACUACAAAAAUAUGAAAUUUUCAAAAUAUUUUUACAUUUCUAAUUUAGACCUGGUCUUUCAACUUGCAUUUAAAAAAUCAUAGAGCUUUUUAAAAUGAACUUGUCGAAAAUACCUGAUGCUCAAAGGAUUGUUAAUAGUAAUUUUUGGAAUACCUAUCUUCCAUAUCAGAUGUACCAAACCACAGCAUAAAAGAUUAGCUAUCAGCUGAUCAGCAGCGGAACAGACACAAAAUAUUUAAAAAAAUAAGGUUAGCCACAGUAUGAAAACGAAAUUAUUUAUUUGUCUGUUGCAUCUAAACAUUUAUUAUGAGGAAUACCAAUGAUAUCUUGCGAAAAUAUGGUGAACUCGUGCACAGUGUAAAGUCAAAUGCCGACCAUGUAACCAGUGCGUUUGUCUACCUCAAUGGGUUAAGUAAAAAAAACGGAGGGUCCACAUCUGAUAGCCAUCAGUGGUCUUCAGCUGUAACUUCUAUUAACAUUUACUGAAUCUAUUGAGCCUAAUAUAUCUUUAUAAGGACAUUCUUAUUCUGUGAUCUCUGAUGGUCCAAUCAUGACGUACCUAAGAUAUCCUGAUAAAGGUACAAAUCAGUGAGAACCACUGGUGGUCCUCGUGGUGGUCAAUGUGUAAAUCGAACAGUGAUUGCGCAUGUCUGUCAAUAAUAUAACUGAAUAAUUCAUUAUAAUCUGUUUUUAGAACUAUAAUACUUUUAAUAAACAUGUAUGACAUUCCUAAUUCAUUUAAAUCUUGGUCGAAAUUAAUAAAAUUGUUUAUAUUAGAUAUUAAGUGUUUGUUUUAAUUGUAAAUUUUAGUGCUUGUAUUUAUCUAAUUAAGAAUAAUUAUUUAAUUAAUCUGAAACACCUUGUAUAAGGAAUAGAUAGUUACAAAUAACUUAUUGAAUACUAGUUUAUCCAAGAUUUUUAAUUCUGAAACAUUUUCUAUGCAGUAUUUCCAUCAGGAUCUUAAUUAGGA